UAAAGAAGAAAUGAAUCAAAAACGACAAAAGAAAGGUGAUAAGAGAGGCUCAAGYAAAAGAGGCAGAGGAGGAGGAAGAGGUGGUCGAGGAGGUGGACGUGGUCGAGGCAGAGGAGGUUACUCUACAAAAGAGAAACGACCCAGAGAGGAGGAUGUCAAAACAGAAAAACCAGAAGAAAAAGGAAAACAUAUCCACUUUGAUGAUGAUGGGCCUCCAGCAGCAAAACAAAUCAAAACAGAUCAAAAUCAAAACUGAACCUUCAAAACUGAACCUUCUUCGUAAAUGCAACUUUAGCAUUGACAGACACAGUCGACUAGGACUCAUUCCACAGACUAAUAACCAGUUAUAAAGCAGUCAUUACUAUUUGAAUUUUUUUAAACUGAAACCCUUUUUCAAACUUAUUUGUUUAUCUUUUGUUAGCAUAAUUUUUUAAAGAUAUGAAUUCCUAAAAGUAGUUCAAGUUUAUUAACUUAAGAGAAGUUUCAAUUUUAUACAUUUGAAAAUUUUGUUUCUUAUUAUUAUUCAGUAGACUUCUGAUAUAGGAUAUGUGAAUACUUGAUUAAAAUAUAAAAAAAUAAUGUACAAUUACCCAGUUUAAUAAUCUGUAACUAUACAGGUAUAGAUGAAUACCAUAAAUGACUUUUAGAACACUGAAUUUAAAGAAAGCAAAGAAAGCGAAACCCAGUAGUGAGUUUGUCACAUCAAUAAUGAUAAAUAUCACAAGUGAUACAGACUGAGAUAUAACUUAAAUUGGCAAAGAAUUAUGUAUUUUUACAAAGAAAUGUCUUGUAUCUGCCAA